CAGCUUUCCUUUGGGGUGGGGGCGGCUGAGGGGGAGCAAGGGGCGGGGCUCGGCCUCUGGGAACUGCUUCUCCCCGUCUCUCUCCCGUGUUGGUCGGCUGGGAAGGCAUUGGACGGCGGGGGCUCCUCGGCGCUGCUCCCAGAAGGGGGUCUGGAACCAUGGCGAUGACUGGCCCAGCACCUUGUUCAUCUAUGAGCAACCAUACCAAGGAGCGAGUUACAAUGACAAAGGUGACUUUAGAAAACUUCUACAGUAAUCUGAUUGCGCAGCAUGAGGAAAGAGAAAUGAGACAGAAGAAGCUAGAAAAAGUUAUGGAAGAAGAAGGCUUAAAAGAUGAAGAGAAAAGAAUGAGGAGAUCAGCACAUGCCCGAAAGGAAACAGAGUUUUUGCGCCUAAAAAGAACAAGACUUGGGUUGGAAGACUUUGAAUCUUUAAAAGUAAUAGGCAGAGGAGCAUUUGGAGAGGUGCGGCUUGUUCAGAAGAAAGAUACAGGGCAUGUGUAUGCAAUGAAAAUACUACGGAAAGCAGAUAUGCUGGAAAAAGAGCAGGUUGGCCACAUUCGAGCAGAACGUGACAUUCUAGUGGAGGCAGACAGUUUGUGGGUUGUAAAAAUGUUCUAUAGUUUCCAGGAUAAGCUGAACCUCUACUUAAUUAUGGAGUUUCUGCCUGGAGGUGAUAUGAUGACAUUAUUGAUGAAAAAAGAUACCCUAACAGAAGAAGAAACUCAGUUUUAUAUAGCAGAGACUGUGCUGGCUAUAGAUUCAAUUCAUCAGCUGGGUUUUAUUCAUCGUGAUAUCAAGCCAGAUAAUCUCCUGUUAGACAGUAAGGGCCAUGUGAAACUAUCCGACUUUGGUCUCUGCACUGGACUUAAGAAAGCACACAGAACAGAGUUCUAUAGAAAUUUGAGCCACAAUCUUCCUAGUGACUUCACUUUUCAGAAUAUGAACUCCAAAAGGAAAGCAGAAACUUGGAAAAGAAACAGGCGGCAGCUGGCCUUCUCUACAGUGGGAACUCCAGAUUAUAUUGCUCCAGAGGUCUUUAUGCAGACAGGCUACAAUAAGCUUUGUGACUGGUGGUCACUUGGGGUCAUCAUGUAUGAGAUGCUAAUUGGUUACCCUCCUUUCUGUUCAGAGACUCCUCAAGAAACUUACAAGAAGGUGAUGAAUUGGAAAGAGACCCUAAUAUUCCCUCCAGAAGUUCCAAUCUCUGAGAGAGCCAAGGAUCUUAUUCUAAGAUUUUGCUGUGAAUGGGAGCACCGAAUUGGUGCCCCAGGUGUUGAAGAAAUCAAAACAAACCCCUUUUUUGAAGCUGUUGACUGGGAGCAUAUCAGGGAGAGACCAGCGGCAAUAUCCAUAGAAAUCAAAAGUAUUGACGAUACUUCAAACUUCGAUGAAUUUCCGGAAUCUGAUAUCCUUAAACCAGCAGUGACCACAAGCAACCAUCCAGAGACAGACUACAAGAACAAAGACUGGGUCUUUAUAAAUUAUACCUACAAGCGAUUUGAAGGCCUGACAGCUCGAGGAGCUAUACCUUCAUACAUGAAAGCAGGAAAGUAGUGACUCACAACAAAACUAUUCCUGAACCUUCAUUCUUUCCUGUCAGCACAAGUUUUUUCUCCUAUGCUUCAUAAACUUUAUCUGAGGCCUGUGAACUCUUGAGAAGAGUGCAAAAUAACAUCAUUAUGCACAGUGUUUACAUUUAAAUGGAUUUAUGCAUUGAAAACUUCCACAAAUGGCACUUAUGAGCCUGCCUUUGCAGAUUUUAUUGCAGAAAUAGGUUAUUCUGGCUUUAGUUAAAAUUCCUAAGACUGUUACUUCAAGAAGGAGAGUGCAAGCUUUUAUUUACAUUGUAGAGUAUAACAUAAUUGUGGUUUGGGUUUUUUUUGUAUCUUCUGUUUUACAAGUGCUGUGCAAAGGUACAGCACAAUUCUAAGGGCUAAGGUAUUGUACAGGAAACAGAGCAAUAACUAGUAUGAGGUAGACCAAAUUCUCAGAAGCUUAUCCUAUAGGAGGGCAAAACCUGUAUUGCCUUAAUUGUCACUAGUGUGUUGUAUACUUAGUUCAAAAGCCUUUUGGAUAGCAAUUUUUUCAACCCAACGAUGGCCUCAAAAGCUGCUGCACUUUACUGUUGGUACUAAAAUAGUAAUCCUAAAGUAUUGAGCUUUUCCCCCCCUUCUAAACUUCAGAUUUGGGGAACGUUACGCUUUUUUAUAAGCAUUGUCAAGAGAGCUAAAGAUGAUUCCUUGUGAGAUUUAUGUAACUGCAUUCUACUUGGUAGUAAGAGAGAAAUCACUGUUAAUAGCAUUAUUAGGAUACCAUAGUUAAUACUGUGAAAGGAGCCCUGCUUUUUCAGAUUCUUUCCCUACUUCUCACUCUCAAGACUUUGAUUAAUGAAAGCUUAGGAAGUUGCUGCAAGCAGAGAAUUGUAAAAUGUAAGUGUUAGUGGCAUAAUAUACUUUGGAGCUUUAUCUUUCUGAAGCUUGGACGCAGAGAGCCCUGAAGUGCCUUUUGGGAUAACCUAGGAGUGCUCUACAGGAAGUAAUGGGAUCAUAGUGACUGGUUGUUCAAAGGAUCUACAUGGUGCAGUUCUACUUCUUGGGCUGUUGCCAUUAGGUGGCACUGACCCUCUGAGUGUUCUUCAGAUGCUUAAGGUGGACCCCUGCCCUCUCAGGCUCUGCAUGAUACAUGAGACUGCCAUCAUUUGGUGUAUCUCAUGUAGUUCACCAUAUUGUUCGGAUAGCUAUCUUUGAAAUCAUUUGUUCAAGACAAUGUUAAGCUCCAGACUGAGGAUAGGGGCAGGUAACUGUACAGGAGGAGACCUAGUGCAUCUGGAGCCAAAAUGAAGACAGGAAAGCCAGAGGAGGAGACCUAAACAUGAUGGCUUGGGAUGGUCCUUGUACAUCAGGCUAUGUUACCGGGCGAUUUAGUAAAAACAUUAAGCUUUCCUUUAGUAAGGUGCUCUGAUGCCCAAAUAGGCUGAAAGAAGUUGAAGUCCUUUCUUCUUGUACAAAGGUAGAGAUCAGGAUUCAGUUGUAAUUUAGGAGGCAGUCGUCAAAUAUUAUUGUUGUCUCUGCCUUUAGAAGAUCUGAUGAAGCCUGCAAUAUUUCAAUAACAGGUGUCUUAGUCAUUUUCACUGAAUGUGCAUAAUUAUGCAGUAGUUCACUUGUCCUCUGAUGGUUCAUCUGUCCUUAUCGGAGCGGAGUUUUAGCAAAUUAAUUGGAGGGAUUAAUGUGCUAAAACAUUAAAAACUGUUUUAAUAGUGGUUGUUCUCCAAUCUGCACUGUUACACAUGCCCUUCACCGGUAGGCAGUCUUAUGUACUGGUUUGGAACCCCCCCCCCCAA